AGAUCAGGGAAGGUAAAAAAGGAGGAAAACAUUAAGAAAGGAGGAUAAACACCAACAGUACUUCAAAUUCUUAUAAAAAAAAACUUCUCAUCAAGAAAUGGCAACCAAGGCCUUGGCAUUGUUGGUGAUCUGCCUCGUCAUAUUUCCAGCAAUCCUGCCGCCGAAAGCCGCUGAGGCUCAGGACCUUAAAAUUCCAAGGUACAGCGAAACUCGAGUGUUUGGGCAGUUUCACAGUCCAACACCGUUGAAAUCCUUAGUUGCUCCUACACUUAGAAAUCCUUAGUUGCUCCUACACUUAAAAAUCCCGAGGUUGUUUUCUCGGGGAAAAUACUCCGACGCUUAAGUCAGCAAUACUCAAUAUUCUAGAGAGAGAUAUUAUUCAUUAGUGAUGCAAUAUAAUUGUUGUGUUCUU